CAUGUCAUGCGACAGAUCCAACAUGAAAAUGACAACUCAACCGAAACUAAGAUAUAGGUAGUUGGGAAAAUCAGUUAAUAUGACCUACUAGUUCGUGACAACAACAUAACACAUACAUGUGCCCAUUAAUUAAUUCUCAUGACACGGUCUCAAACAUUUUUUGCCAUCGCCAACCACAUUUAUGUCCAAAACUAUGUUCUAAAUUCAACAGACCAAACACACAAUAGGGUUUAAUGUUCUUGUCUCAUCAUUUUCAUGACAUCGUAUGUUGUUUUUGAGGAAUGAUAGCAAACAUGGUGGAAGAAAAUGAAGAAGGAAGAUCCUUAGCUGAAACCCCCACUUGGGCUGUUGCUACUGUCAUCACUCUCUUGGUUUCUCUUAGUUUCUUGUCUCAUGGCACAUUGAAUAAAUUGAUUAAGUGGUUGGGAAGAACUAAGAGAAAAUCCCUUCUUUCCGCUUUGGAAAAAAUGAAAGAAGAAUUGAUGUUAUUUGGGCUUCUGUCAUUGCUGAUGGGCCAUUGGAUUGUCUUUGUUGCAAAGAUUUGUGUUAAGUCAUCAGUAUUAAGCAGCAGAUUUUUUCCAUGUGCAAUGGAGAAGAGUUUUGAAAUUGUGAAACAUGAUGUAUGGUUGAAUUCAGAAUAUUCAAAUAGAACAAUUCUCAAGGAGCAAGUGAACAAUGGUCGACAUAAUUAUUGUCCUAAGGGUCACGAAUCAUUUGCUUCUUAUGAAAGUCUUGAGCAGCUUCAUCGCUUUGUGUUUGUUCUUGGGAUCACUCAUGUUUCCUACAGCUUUGUUGCUGUUGCACUAGCCAUGAUCAAGAUAUAUAGUUGGAGAACUUGGGAAAAUGAAGCAAAGACUAUGGCUAUGCAAAGCUUACAAGAUACUUCACAAAGUACUUCAACUUCGAGCAUAAGAUUGAAGCGGCUUAGUACAUUCAUUUUUCACCAUACAUCUUAUCCUUGGAGUCAUCACAAAGUUCUUGUUUGGCUGCUAUGUUUCAGUCGCCAAUUCUGGAGUUCCAUCAAUCGCGCUGAUUACAUAGCAUUGCGCCUAGGCUUCAUUACUAAUCACGACCUUCCUCUAACAUACGAUUUCCAUAACUACAUGCUUCGAAGCAUGGACGAGGAAUUCCGUGACAUUGUAGGUGUUAGUGUGAUUCUCUGGAUAUAUGCCAUAUGCUGCAUUUUUCUAAAUUUUCAUGGAAACAACUUUUACUUUUGGCUUUCCUUUGUACCAGCAAUUUUGAUCCUCGUAAUCGGCACUAAAUUACAUCAAGUCGUGGUAAAAUUGGCCGUUGAAGUAAUAGAUCAAUGUCCAUAUAUGAAGCCUCAUCAGUUCAACUUAAGAGAUGAACUCUUUUGGUUUGGAAAACCAAGGCUUCUGUUGAGACUAAUACAAUUGAUAUCCUUCUUGAAUGCAUUUGAAAUGUCAACAUUCAUAUGGUCUCUGUGGGAAAUUAAUAAUCCUUCUUGCUUCAUGAACAACCAAACAUUAGUUGUGGUCCGCUUAUCGUUCGGGGUCGUCUCGCAAGUUUGGUGCAGCUUCAUAACAUUUCCUCUAUAUGUUAUCAUCACACAGAUGGGAUCAAGAUUCAAAAAAUCAGUGAUAUCUGAAAAUGUAAGGAAAUCAUUAUCUAAAUGGCAAAAAAGAGUGAAGGAGAAACAAAGUUCCUCUUAUGAACUCCUUAAUACAACAACAACAACAACAUCAUUGGAGUCUUGGCAUAAUGGAAUGGACAAUGCAAAUGUCUCUACCUUAAUUAGUGAGACUGAGGAAGGAAAUUCCUCAGGAAUAAAAGAUAUUUGUUUUUCCAACUUUGAUGAUGGGCCAUUGAGUCCGAGUUAUGAUGAAGAUGACCAUGAUCAUGAUGUAAAAUAUGAUGAAUUUUCUACCCCUUCAAUGUCUUGAGAUUGUUUUGAUUGUAUUUUGAACAUCAUGAUGAAUUGAAUUGGAAU